AAUUUCGUAAUUCAAUCUAAUUUUUCAACAAAUUUUUUGUUGUUUCAAAGGAAGAUCUCUGAAACAUCCAUGGGGAAACACACUAAUCCGAAUCCAGAUGAAUCUGGAGCGGAGAUGGAUCCGGCGUGGGAAUGCGCGGGAAAAGGAGCGUGUGAAUUGAAACAGAGGCGAUUUGCUGAUACGAUCAUGCCUCAUAUCCUCAACUUGUAUGGGUCUUGCGCAAAAGCAAAAGAUUUUGACAUGUAUGCACCAAAUGCUUCGUUUGAGGACCCUUUAACUCAUGCUCAAGGGGUGAAGCAAAUCAAAUCAGCAUUUUAUUCACUCUCAAAGGUGUUUGGUGAGUCAAAAAUAGUUGAAUAUCAUAUUCAGGAAAGUGUUAUCGCACCGGGGAAGAAAGAGAUACUAAUUGACAACAAACAACACUACAAGCUCCUGGGAAAGAACAUUCACAUGAUCUCUCUCAUUAAACUCUAUGUCGAGAACGACAAGAUUGUCCGACACGAAGACUGGUGGGACAAGAAACCUCUCAGGAACAGAGACACUGUUAGCUUCCCGUUAGUAGGUCGGGUAAUGGAGAUGGGUCGAAGAGGCUUGAUGCUAGCGACUCAUGCCAUGAUGGGUUUUGGUAAAGAUCCUAGCUCGCAUUGAGUUAAAAGGAGAUUCUUCAGGAAAAAAAAAGAUCACAGUUACUGUAGUGUCUAAAAUUCUCUUCAAAACACUCACUGAGUUUGAUGAAAUCCUUAAAUGUUUGUAAGAUGUUAAACGUAUUGUUGGUUUUUAGUCUCUUUUCUUACUUCUCGUAGUUCCUUGCGCCACAACUUCUAAGGAAAUCUGAAUCCUUGUGUGGCUGAACCGUGCUGGUUUUGGUUUGUUUUCAACUAUAUCCGAAUAAACCGAUG